CUGACCGUCACGGGUCUCUGUGUCCGCUCCCACAGUCUGGAGGCGGAGCGCAGCGCGCAGCGUCCUCUCUCUGACAGCGGCGGCGCCGAGCCGUCGCGGACUGGUGGUGACCGUGCUCCUCUGUUUUCGUCCACAGUCUAGAGGCGGAGCGCAGCGCGCAGCGUCCUCUCUCUGACAGCGGCGGCGCCGAGUCGUCCCUGACCGGUGGUAACCAUGUCUCACUGUGUCUGUACCCACAGCCUGGAGGCGGAGCGGAGCGCGCAGCGUCCUCUCUCUGACAGCGGCGGCGCCGAGCCGGUCCAGCUGAGCCGUCUGAACGAGUCGGCCGAACUGGUGGCGGAACAGGAGCGGGCCAUCGGGGCGCUGAUGGAGCGGCUGCGACAGAGCCGGCAGCAGGAGGCCGCCUGCCGAGAACGGGUCGCCAGGCUGGAGUCGGAGCGCCGUGAGACGGCUCAGCUCCUACAGCGGACCGUCUCCUCCCUGAGCGAGGAACGUUCUCAGCUGCGAGCUCAGCUGGAGCAGCAGAGGCAGCAGGCGGCUCAGGCGGCAGAGGCGCGACAGCACGCCCAGACCAAACUCGUCAGCAGGCUGAGGGAGAUCCUUCUGCGCAAGGAGCAGCAACACCACGCGCUGGCCAGGGUGCUGAAGGACGUCAAGGCCGAGCUGGUUCAGACGGUGGAGGAGGCGGCCGGCCUGGACCAGCAGCAGCUGAAGGGCGGCCCGCCGACGGCAGGCUCCAGCGGCCGUGCCGACACUGACGGAGGCCUGCCCGCCCUCCUGGCCAGCGCGCAGCAGCAGCUCGACGACACCAAGAGUGAGCUGAACGAGCGCACGCUGCGCUGUCACAAGCUGCAGGCGGAGCUGCACGAGGCCGACCGCCGGCGUCGCGAGGAGUGCGGCCGGCUGCAGCGGCAGCUGGAGACGCUGAAGGGACGGCUCGAACAGCCGGCGCGGUCGGCGCGAGCCCCCGGAGACCCCGCCAAGAUUCAAGAGGAGCUGGCAAAGUGGGACGAGCGGAAGAAGUGGCAGCGCUGCACGGAGCGUCUGAAGGCGCGGCUCCGGGAGAAGGAGGCGGAGAGCGAGCGACACCAGCUGGCCGUGGCCGGACUGAAGGACACCAUCCACCGGCUGGAGCGGGAGCGGGCCGUCUACGAGACCAAGAUCCGCACACUGACUGCCCUGGUGUCUGAGGAGCGUUACGUGGCGCUGGAGCGCGACAACCAGCAGCUGAAGGAGCAGCUGGCGCAGCUGCGUGGCUCGGAGCGCGCGGACGCCGGAGCAGAGCUGGAACAGCUGCGACAGCGGGUGAACAUGCUGAACGGCCGGCUGGCCGCCCAGCGCACCGCCGCCAGACAGGGAAAGAACGCAGCCGCCAACCUAGCGAGGUUCCAGAAGCAGCUGGCUGAGCUCACGGCCAGAAACGAGGAGCUGGAGCGAGAGAACGGAGAACUGAAGACUGAGCUGGCCGAGCUGCGGCGUGCGGCCGAAGAGAGUAGUGCACCUCCCGCGGACGGAGGCGGUAGCGGCACCGACCGGCCGGCGGAGCGGGAGAGUACGGGGCCCGCGACGGACGCCGGUACCGUCUCCAUCCUACGGCGACUGGUGGAGCGACUGAGGGCGGACAACCUGCGACUGCGGCGCCAGCUGCUGAGGCACACCGUCACCAGCACCACUGAGGAACAGGUGGAGCUGAUGCGCUCGGAGCUGAACUGUGUGGUGGCAGAGCGGGACAGACUGGCGGCUCAGCUGCAGCGGCUCACCGCCUCCUGAGCCCCGCCGACCGGUACCUGCUGCUCUGCGGGAGCACCAGCGCGAACGGUGGGUCGGUGCUCCCCGCGCUUACAGCGACCGGCAGCUUCUCAGCCGUCCUAAGAAGGGCAGUGGCCAGUGCCGUCCAGUUUUCACGAACAACGUGCUUGCCUUUGUGCAUCGAUCAUGGUUGUCUAUCUGGGGGUUUCAGUUGUUUCAGUUUGUUCCUCCGUCACUCUUUUCUUUAUUUAUGACGUAAUUAUUGAUUUAUGGAGCGUAAGACCAUCAAGCGUAACUAAAUAUGUAGGAAUUGGCGUAAAUGUUUGCUAAUUGAGUGCAAAUUUGAGCCAAAGCGCAUGUCAUGAUAAAUCGAGUAUAGAGAACCUCAAGUGGAUAUGAUACUGUAAAGCACGACGGCUGAUCAGAGUACCAUACGGUUCACGGUGCUUGAAAGUACAUCAAAUUUCAAUUUUGCAUGACUCAUUGAAAUUUCGCUUUCCAUCAAGCCUUUUCAUCCCAUCACAUUCUUUUUCAAACGAGUGUCUUGAUGAACACAACGGAAUGCAUGCUUGAGUCGCCUUUUGACCGGCGUGUAACAUUCCUUGCGAUGAUCCAGUACAAUCAUGCUAGUCUUCGCAUAUGUUGAGGUCUCAGGCUCAUACAAUACCAACACUGCCAAUUAAUGUGAAUGCUUGAAAUCGAUUAAUCUUAUUGAAGCUGUUUUUUUUUAGCAUACUUUGCCAUCACGAUCGACUUGUCUGUUGUAUUUUUUUUUUUGGCACUAGUAAUUUUGUUGUGUGAUUUGAAGAUAAGUUAAAAGGUCAUCGACCAUCGAUAUCAUCAAAAUAUCGAAGCUUUAGUCGGUUCAUGCCCUAUUUUCUUUCGAUACACGCGCGUACUUAUUUUAUUCAUUCUUGUUGGGACGGUUCUCAAGUGUUGAUGAGUCUGGCCUUAAGUUUUUACAUUUGGUAUUAUAUGUAACCGAAAUUUUAUGCGAAUGAAAUGAACGUUUUCACAUAAUUUCACCAUCUCAUUAUGUCGGGUGUGUGUUGAUGGGGACACAGUGCUCCCUAUGGGGUUCCGACAGCAAGCAGAGUGAAAACGGAAACGGAACUAGUUAGCUCCAGGGCUUUGCACUGAGGACUCUGUAUUACAUGGAUAUGUCGUGUUCUGAUUCAUGUGCUGUGUUAAAACUAGUCACGACGACUUUUAUCUUUUGACGAGUCGACUAUGUAAACGUUUAACUAUUUAGAGUUUAGUCCAAUCCAGCUCGCCUAAAUUUGUGUGCGGUGCUACAUAAAUGAUGAUUUAUGUAUAACAUAAACGUUCUGUUCGAUCUCGUGUUCGUAUAGCUUUUAAAAGUUGCAUCAAAGGAAUAUGUGUCGGUAUUUAUUAUUUAUCCAUUGCCUAUUUAUCAAUGUUAUUUGCUUAUGUCUCGCUCGCGGAAUUUCCUUACUCACGCGGUGAAGUAAUGACAUUUAGUGCAAAAUUGGCACGUAAUAAAUGUUCGCGUAUGUGAGUGCUGCUAUUCCUAAAGGCUACUUUAGGCAAUGACUUGCUGAAUCUGGUGGUUUUCCCUAAUUUUCAUACACCCAUUGGACGUUGUGUAUUCGUAAGUGUGAAAAGAAUGUUUUUGUGUGCCUUCUGUAACAUCACCGUCCACUCGAGCAUGUUUGCCUUCUCUUCAUACACCACUAGCUUUCUGGCGUAAUGAAUACAUUGACUACAGGCACUCUAAA